CAAUUGUAGCAAGCGGGCAUGCAAAGCAAUACCUUGAAACAAAGUCAUUCCUUACUUUAUAGAAGCUUACUUUACCACCAAGCUUAGAACCCCACCCACCCUCCCUCCCUCCCUCCCUUUGUCAUAUAUGAUUGAUGUGAUCAUAUAUAAGUAGUUAGUGGGUGAUGAUACUAUAAUAUCAACGAUUCAAUUACGGCAUUAAUUCACACAAAUAAUCAAGUUUAAUUUACAACUUAAAAUCCACCAUGCGGGGGUUCGUAUAUUCAUCCGAUUCUGAUGACAAUAUUGGCACAAGCCUCGGGGCAAAGCUCUUUGGACGUGAAAGGUCAAUUCAUCAUGUUCUUGGAGGUGGAAAAGUUGCGGAUGUGUUAUUGUGGAGGAACAGAAAUGUAUCAGCUGCGCUUUUGAUUGGGAUGACGGUAAUAUGGUUUCUUUUCGAGGUAGUCGAGUACAAUUUUGUGACCCUCGUCUGCCACCUCUCCAUCACCACAUUGCUCGUAAUCUUCAUAUGGCGCACGGCUGCAGAAUUGUUCAGAUUGACACCUCCUACCAUACCUGGUAUAAUAUUACAUGAAUCCACAUUCAAAGAGAUGGCUUCCAUAGUCCACAAAAGAUGCAACCAAUUCUUGUCAAAGCUUCUUGACAGUGCAUGUGGAAGAGACCUACCAUUCUUCUUCUUGGCAAUUAUUUCUCUCUAUAUUUUGUCUGUGAUUGGAGCCUAUUUCAGCUUUCUGAAUCUUGUUUACUUGGGGUUUCUCGGCCUGGAAACACUGCCAUUUCUGUAUGAGCGAUUUGAGGAGGACGUUGAUCGCCUAGCUGGAAAAGUUAGCAGAGAGAUAAAGAGAUCGUACGGAAAGUUUGAUUCUCAGUUUCUCAACAAAAUUCCAAGAGGCCCAGUGAAAGAGAAAACCAGAUGAAACUUUGAAUGGCAUUGGCAUGGCCUGGAGUCUGGACUUGGAAUCAUAGUUUGUGUGCCAGAGUUGCACGCAUAUUCAAAUCAUUAUGUGAAGAUAUAUUUGUGUAAAUAACACUACCUUUAUUGUAUUAUAGUUGUAUAUAUAUAUAUAUAAAACUGUACAAUAUCAU